AUGAAGAGACAAGUUACCUCUGGAGCCCUGCUCCUCAGGUGUGGGUACCCGGCGCUGCCCUUGGGGGACGUGGACUCUUUCCCGCAGUCGAACUUCGGCUUCCUGGGCUCCCAGAAGGGCCGCUUGUUCCGGGAGCGGGGCGGCGUGGGGCCGGGGGCUGAUGUAUCCCACACCUGGUCUUCCUGCCUCUGCCACAGCCUCAUCAGUUUCCUGGGGUUCUUGAUGCUGCUGGUCACCUUCCCCAUUUCUGGCUGGUUUGCCCUGGAGAUCCCCAGGAUUGUGCCCACCUAUGAUCAGAUGAUUGUGUUUCUAUUGAGCUGGAUCCGUACCCCCCAAGAGCCUGGCAUGGUUUUGCUCCUGCUCAUUGGCUCCUUUCAGAGGGUGGAUCUGAGGACACGAGCUUUCAACGUCCCUCCCUGCAAGGUCCGAUCUAAGAAUGGGGCCAUGCUGCCUGUGGGGGCCAAUGUCCAGUUCAGGGCUCCAGUAUUGUCAGUGAUGACUGUGAAGGACCUGAACACAGCCAUAGCCCAGAAUGCCAUGACCAAGGCCCUGCUCAAGAGGCCUCUGCAGGCAAUCCAGAUGGAGAAGCUCAAGAUCAGCAACCAGCUCCUGUUAAAGCUCAACAACGUGACCAGGGCCCGGGGGCUUGAGGUGGACCACGUGGAGCUGGCAGUGGAGGCUGUGCUACAGCCACCACAGGACAGUCCAGCUGGGCAGCUGGACAGUCCCCUCCAGCAGCUGGCUCUCCAUUUCCUGGGGAGGGGCAUUUACUCACUGGCAGGAGGUACCCUGCCCCCGGGGCCAGACAUCUUGGAGAUGGUGAGCAAAGUUGAGUUGCCUGCCCUCACAUUGGUGCUAGGCCCAGCUUGAAGCAGCCUGGCCGAGGGACUGCUGACUACUCUGCAGCCCCACCUGGUCAGCCAAGUUCGGGCCUGCUACCAGUUCAGUGUGGUCCUUCCCAGUGACACCCAGAGCGUCUACUCCCUGGACCUAACUAGAGGUGCAACUGCCCUCCCUACCCGCUCCUUCCCACCAAGAUUGCUUGUGAAGGGCAACCUAGCAAUGGCCAUGAAACUGGAGGCUGUUCUUAGGGCCCUGAAGUAG